AGCUGGUUCGGACCGGGAACCGGCGAACCGGAGGUCGAACCGGUCCGGUCCGACCCUUUGAACUGCUUCGUGCAUUGAACCAAUGCAAACCAGUGUGAACCGCCUUAAAGAUGAAGUCUCUUUUGGUUUGGGAAUCAUUAGUCUAAUCUGUUGGGGCUUAGCUGAAAUCCCACAGAUCCUUACCAACUUCCACAACAAAUCCGCCGCCGGUCUCUCCCUCUCUUUUCUCCUCACUUGGAUCCUCGGAGAUAUAUUUAAUCUCGUUGGUUGCAUUCUUGACCCUGCUACUCUUCCAACACAGUUCUUUACAGCUCUGUUGUACACUGUAACAACUGUGGCACUGUUGUUGCAGUGCAUAUAUUAUGAGCAUUUCCUUUGUUGGUGGCACAACAAAAGUGGGCGUCUGGACAAGAACAAUUUACCCAAUGUGCAGGUAAAUGUUGAAGAAGAGGAAAAAGAGUGGUUGUUGCAAGCAUCCAAUUCCAAGACAGGGCAUCAUCAGUUCAUCCCCGGUGGUGGGUCAAAUAAUGGUGUUGUUAGGGUACCCACGACGCAGAAGAGCCAGAGACAUUUUUAUUUUAUGUCAGCAAGGACAUUGGCAAGUAGUGAUACUCCACCAAGGUGCUCCUACAUAAAGCCAAGAAGCGGUCCUCCUGCCCUACACAACCCUUAUUCCUCUUCCGACGACGAAGGCGAAGAACAACCCAUCGCCCCUGCUACCGCCGCCGCCAUUACCCAACCAAGAUCCAUCCCUCCUAGAGCCUAUGGAGCUUUUCUGGCAGCAGCAGCAGCCUAUAGUCCGGUGGGAGGCAAGGCGGCCGCCGCUCUGGAACAUGUCACUGCCGCCGGCCGGACGCAUGAUGCAAUUGGCGCGAACAGUAAUGUUGGACAAUGGCUGGGAUGGCUGAUGGCUGCUAUCUACAUGGGAGGGAGAAUCCCUCAGAUUUGGCUUAAUAUGAAGCGAGGGAGUUUUGAGGGACUAAAUCCUCUCAUGUUCAUCUUCGUUCUUGUAGCCAAUGCCACAUAUUUUGCAAGUAUAUUGGUGAGAAGCAUGGAAUGGGAGAAAAUAAACGCAAACAUGGCGUGGCUGGUUGAUGCUGUUGCGUGUGUCGUCCUCGACCUCUUUAUCAUUCUCCAAUACCUUUAUUAUACCCGGGGCACGAAGACCAAGACGACGAAGAAGAUGAAGAUGGAAACGCCAAAAGUUUGAGCAUGACUUUCAUUGUUUUUGCAUUAAUUCUUGCUUUCAGCUUUUGUUUCAACAUUCUUUAAUUAAAUAAGUACAUUUAGU